UCCAGCUUGGCCGCGCGAGACCAAUUUACGGCCCAUAUAAUGGCCGUUACUUCUCCGCCUUCGCCGUCCUUCCUUUCUCCUCCAAUUCUCCGACUACUCAGCCGCCGGGGGCCGUUUCACAUUGCGUAUGCUGCUCUGCUGCCGCCGGAAAAUUUCUCGGAUUUCUGAUUGAUAUGAAGACAUAAAUUAGACUGAGAAGGGGUUGAAGCUUUGUUGGUGUUUCAAUUUUUUGAAAAUGGCGGCCUCAUCCUUUAGUUGUGCUCAGUCUCUGUGCCUCACAUCCAGAGGCCGCGUUUCCUUCCCUGGUGGUUGUGUUUUGAAGAGGAGGAACAGCCAUUUGGUCUUUGCAUCUUCGUUAAAAUCCAACAAAGAUGUUAGCUCCGUAUCCAAGGUCGAGACAUUGUUAGAUAGUGUAAGAUGGGAUGACAAAGGUUUGGCGGUGGCCAUAGCACAAAAUGUUGACACGGGAGCCAUAUUAAUGCAAGGCUUUGCCAACAGGGAUGCACUAGCUACAACCAUUUCAUCCCGGAAGGCAACAUUCUACAGUCGAUCACGUUCAUCAUUGUGGACCAAAGGAGAGACGUCCAACAACUUCAUCAAUGUUUAUGACAUUUUUCUCGAUUGUGACCAUGACUCUAUAAUUUACCUCGGGAAACCUGAUGGGCCUACCUGCCACACUGGCUCUGAAACCUGCUACUACACUUCUGUGCUCGACUCUUUGGAAACUGAACAGGUCGCUGCAGGAAGUAGGUUGGCAUCAACAACCUUAUACUCAUUAGAGUCCACAGUUUUUCAACGAAGAGCAGAAAUAGAAACAACUACAGAGAGUGGGAAACCUUCUUGGACGAAAAGAUUACUACUCAAUCAGGACCUGCUAUGCUCAAAAAUCCGGGAGGAGGCAGAUGAAUUGUGCCGAACUCUAGAGGAUAAUGAGGAUAAAGGCAGGGCAGCUUCGGAAAUGGGAGAUGUCCUCUAUCAUGCCAUGGUACUGCUGGCACUCAAGGAUGUUAAAAUGGAAGAUGUGCUUGAUGUUCUUCGACGCAGGUUCAGUCAAUCUGGUAUCGAGGAAAAAGGAAGCCGUGGCAAGCAAAAGAGCUAGGAGAUGAAUGCAUCGAGCAGUUUGCUCUACGUAAGAAUGCUGCAGGCUCGCAUGUGCUCUUGCUUCCUGAAUGUGUUAUUUGAAGUUUUGUUUCGUUGAGGAAAUCAGUUUCUCAUCGUCGAACUUGACUAGUAAGUCUAUGCAACAGUGUAGCGCUGUAGACUCGAGAUCAUCUGUUUUUGUGUUAGCAAAUUCUCGGUAUCGAUUUAUGCUGCGAAUUUGGGUGUUCUGGGGCAACAUCAGUGGGGGAGAAACAGUGAACACUGCUCUUUGGCUAAUCUUGUUUCCUUUCUUAUAUAGUCUGAUUGGGAAUGCUUCAAGAGUUUUGUUGAAAUGGAUCCAUCUAACAACGUCAUAUUUCCAUUGUCAAAUAACAGAACUUCAACUUUUUUCUGUUUCUUGAACCUCCAGUAGAGGCC